UAACACUAUUAAAAAGCAAAAAACAGUAAACCCACAAUAAAUGGGAUGCCCAAGGUUUUUCCAAGAAGUGACCUAUUUCAAAUGACGAUAUUUACAGAUAAAUAUAAAAAAUUGCCAUAAUGGAACAUUACAAAAUAGCAGUUUUCAUACUUUAUUAUUUUUUGCCAAUCAUUAGCGUGCAGUCUGAGGACUUUAGGCAAUGUUGGAACAAAGGUUCUGAGAUGGCGAAGAAUCCAUAUUUCAUUGGAAAUGCGUUUACAUGUUGCAACAAUAUUUUAAUGGACCAUCCAAUGCGACCAAAAAGCGAGCACUGGAGAAAGUGCAUGAGCAUGCAACAAGGAAAUCAAGACACGGAUAUUCCUGCAUCUUUGUGGGAUACUUACAUGUGUGAAUUAUCUAGUGCAUCUGAGGGAGCAAUUUCUGAAGAUUCUCUAACCUACAAGAAAUUCGAAGCAUUCUUCAUGAAAAAUUACCCUGCACUUGUGAAAGAUAAAAUUGUGGCGAAGGACAUGCAGUGCGAAGUCUCGAGUAAUUCCACAAUAACGAAAAAGUUGCAAACUUUUUUGACAUGCUUUUUGAAAGCUGAGGAAGAAGUUUGUCUAACCAUGGCCGGCGUGAAGAUAAUUCCUUCUCCCCCAGUUGAAAAUGACAGAGUUUGUCAACCAAUUGAGUCCUUAUCAAAGCCUAAUCAUGCAUUUGAGACAUUCGCCCAACCCUGCUGCAAAGGAGAAGAGCUUCCAUACCCAUUGUUUGACAUUUUCAUGGACUUUGAUCGCUUUGACAUUGCACCUUCUGUCGUCGCGUGUUCUGAGAAUAUGAAGAACAAACUAAAAGAAUUAAAUCAUCCAAUAGCCUCCGCUAAUGAUAAGCCAUUUACAAUGUGUCAAGUCGCCUGUGUACAUGAAGUGGAUGGUCUGAAAGGGAAAUAUAACACAAAUUUUCAAGAUUUACUCAACUUUAAACUGAAAUCAAUCUCGAAUACCACGAAGGCAACUCUCAUCUCAACAAUAUCCAAAUAUCAACCAAAGUUUCAACUUUUUGGGAGUGAGGAUAGCAUUCCAAUUGAAGAAGCAGGCAAUGUGAUUGCAAAAUUAGACGAAGCUCAACAGAUACUCAACUAUUGUAAAUUCCAAUUUCACGCAUCUGCCGAAGCUUAUCGGGCUCUUUACGAGUACUGUUACAAUGCCGAAUAUGGAAAUCAGUUCAGAGAAGAUAUCAUUAAAAUGUAAAGUUGAACCAGAAAGUGCAAUUAAUUUAUCACUUGUUUAUUAAAUGUCAUAAAAAUUUAUAUUGCUUUAUAUAACGCUAUAAUGAUUACAUAAUAAGAUUCUAUCCUUCAUUUUUCCCGUUA